ACCUUACGGGGGAACACAAUGACUAGAAGUGUCAAGAAACGCACUUCUAAGUGGGAUUUGAAAGUAGAUACUGAUGUCCCUGCUGAAAGCAUACAUGACAAUACUUGGCCUGGUAAACCAGGCGAGUCCAUUCAUUAUAAAGAAUCAAGUUCAGGAUUGAAUUCUCUAAAGGUUUCUGGUAGUCAAGAUCCAAUGUGGUCGAACAUGGAGUCGAACAAAUCUGUGGAGCAAUUUCCUACAAAAAGAGGUGUAGAUCUGGAUGACAGCCUGAACAGAGACAUUGAUGAGAUUUCACAUAGCAUUACAGGAUGGGGUGGAGAUCAAAGUUGCAGUUCUAGCAUGUCUCCUGGUCUUGAUGCUUGGAGACAACAAAAUCAAAAACACUCCCCAAAGAGUAGUUGGAGAUCACUCAGGUGCAGGAGUAGGAGUAGGAGCCCGCUCCAUGGCUUUAAGCAGGAAUCAGAUCUCCUGAGAGAUGGAAGUAGCAGUGGAUCAGGAGUCUCAGCUACGACAUGUAAUGAUUUUGCUGCAGGCAGGUGUAGGAGAGGUAGUCAGUGCAGGUUUCUUCAUCAGGAUAGCAGUGAUUAUGAGGUUCGGAGGCACUCAGAACAUGGUCGAGCUGACAACUUGGGAGGCAGGCACGAUGAUGGUAGGCAUCUAGAAUGUGAUCGAGUGGAAAGAUGGAGAGGUAGGCCUGAGGAUAGUGGGAGUUCAGGAAGUGGUCCAGCGGGUAACUGGAGAAGCAGGAAUGAGAGAGGAUCAUUUUCGAGGCAUUCCAACAACGAUGAGCUACUUGAUUACUCCCAGGAUAUGAUUUCACAUGGUUAUGGGGACAGCGAGAAGCAUAAGCCUCCAAGGAACGACAGAUCUACCAAUCGCUGUAAUGAUUUUCUGAGAGACAAGUGUUGCAGGGGAUCAUCAUUUAAAUAUGCUCACCAUGAUGUCUUAGGUGAUGGACAUGGUGGAUGGUCUAAAAAAGAUGUGACAAGAGACUGGGUCCAUGACAAAAGGGAGGCACAUGAGUAUGAUCAUGGACGUAGAACCUUUAGAAAUAAUGGUAUUCCUUGCAAGUAUUUUGCCGCUGGAAAUUGCCGCAAUGGGGCACAUUGCAGGUUCUCUCAUGAUGGUGCAGAACAUUGCAGUCCUGAAGACAGGUCUCAGGGUGAUAGGUGGGGCCAUAAUUUGGAUACUGAGGAGAAGUCAUGUGGAGUUCCAAACUGGAGUGAUACUGCAGCGGCCCCAGAUGUAGCCAAGGAUGAUAGCUGCAGGUGCAAUGUGGACGAUAAAGACAAUUCAUUUCGUGGUCCCAAAUGGAGUGAUACAGCAAUUGGCUCUGAUGUUGCCAAGGAUCACAGGUGGGGCCAUAAUUCAGACAUUGAACCAAAUUCAUGGAGAGAUCCAAACAUGAGUGACGCAGCAGCCGGCUCUGAUGUUGCCCAGGAUGAUAAGUGGGGCCAUAGUUUGGGUAAUGAACCUAAUUCAUGGGUAGGUCCAAAAUAUAGUGACACAGCAGCUGCACCUGAUGUUGCUAAGUCUCCUCACUGUAGGACCAACUGUGGGGAUGGACAAGUGGGUUUUUAUGAACCAUGGGCUACUAAGAGGCCUAAAGAUCAGUGGGGCCAUAGUUCUGAUAAUGAGAACAGACCAUGGGAAGGUCCAAUGCGGAGUGACAAAGCAGUUGGCCAAAUCAUGUUUAGGACUCCACAUCCGAGUGAAAAUAAUGGUGCAAGCAUGAGCAUUCCUGAAUCAAUUGUUGGUAGCAAACCACUUGAUGUUGCUGAUACUUCUGCUGCAGCAGCUGUCAUGGAGCGGUAUCCUUUCUACAUUGAAAAAAAAGAACACAGACAGUUUCCAGAAGAUUCACAAUCUCGAACUCCAUAUGGGAUCUAUUUACCCACCCUUGAACACAAGACAAGUCAAGAAGUUUUACAGCAACAUCUCAGUUUGAGAGGAGAUACUGUUAUUGCGUUCCCCUACAGAGAUAGCGAUAUUCUGCCUAUGCUUCCCAUGCCUGGGCAAAGAUUCAAUCAUGAUGACCAGAGUGGAAGGAGUUCAAGCUUUAACAUGAUUGGGCAGAGUGAACAAAUAGUCCCUCCACACCCUUCAAGUGGACAAACUUUGAACCUUAGCGGGAUAAAACAGACAAUUAUGCCCGAGUCAUCUUCAAAUAAACAAGGUCAAACACUAGUUCAUAUGGGUGGGCAUAUUACUAAAUCUGAAACAGAGGAUGCCAAAACAUCAAAAGUAACUUCUUUAGCUCUGCUUACUCAUAAUGUAGUAACCAGUGAGCAGGCAAUGAAUACCCUUUCAGCGUCAUUGGCUCAGAUAUUUGGAAAUGGGCAGCAGCUUCCACUAUUAUAUGCUGCUUUAAACCCCCCUAAUUCUAUUGGCUUGGUUCCUUCCCAACAAAGCCCUGCAGCAAUGAGCACAGCAGUUACUUUACUGCCCAAUGAUCCUAAUCAAAUCACCUGGUCUCAAAAGCCAUAUGAUCCUAGGGUCAGCAUUGAAUCAAGCAGGCUUGUCACCAGUAACCAACCCCCAGGGUUUUCAUCAAGUCCUUUUGAACAGAAUAAAGUAGCUGAACAAAUGCCUUUGAAAAGUUCUUUUCCAUCAUGGCUUAAGAAUAAAUCUUCCGAUGACACACUUAAGCAUGAGUCUCAGCAGCUGGAGACAGUUGCAGCAUGUGAGGCUGUGGUAAAGAAUGAUAAAGCUGAUCAGGGAAAUAAGGAAGAAAAUAUUCAUUCGGAGGACAUGAAUGUUGAUGGUCAUGUUGAUGAAGAAUGCAAAAGGAAGAAGGACUCGAAGGCUAUGCGCAUGUUAAAAUUUGCACUAGUGGAGUUUGUUAAGGAGAUUCUAAAGCCCACAUGGAAAGGAGGACAAAUGAGCAAGGAGGUUCACAAAACCAUAGUAAAGAAAGUUGUUGAUAAAGUGAUUGGUACAAUUGAAGAAGCUCAUGUCCCUCAGACACAAGAGAAAGUCGAUCAAUAUCUGUCAUUUUCUAAACCCAAGCUUAUGAAACUUGUACAGGCAUAUGUGGAAAGGUAUUUGAAGAGUGACCAUGCUGGAAAACCUUAAUUGUUACUUCUUGUUGUAUCAAACAUGAUAAUAGGACAAAUCAUGGGUUUUUUAUUGUAUAUUGUGGUCUUAGCUUCCUUGACUGUAGCAGUAUGAUUUUGUGUAUUUCCCCUUUUAUAUAUGUGCUCCCUGAGGCACCUCAUUUUAUUAGAGGGCUCACCUUUUCUGGAGAAAGCAUUUCUUCCAGUGAUUUGGGAAUCUUGUUUUAGUCAAUGUUAGCUAAAGUUCAGAUUGCAUAUUGAGAACUUCAUGCCUGCUAGUUCAAUGGAUAUGGUUCUUUUUUCUCUCC